AAAUCCCAGUCAGAAUUUUCCACUUGUGAAAUAAAAUUAAUUAUUCGUUUAGAGGCUAAUGGAUUAUUGACUAAUUUUCCUUUAAACCCAAUGUACCCGAAGUAUGCAAACUUUGCACCCGAAGAUGUGAUGGCUAUCGGAUGACGUAAAUUAGCCCAAAAUGAUUAGCACGGACGCUACUGCUGAUGCUGCUACCGCUGCUGCGGAUGUCAAUAAAUAGAGGAAUCAUGUUUCAUUUCCUUUUCAGUAUCUCGUAGAGUCUCCAAUCGUCCAGUUUAAUCAGAAAACAAUUUACAGUAUUAUUCAGACAACAAUGAAGGUCUUCAUCUUUAUGGUGGUGGCGGUGGCGGUGCUCGUUGAGGAGUCCACGAGUAUAAGUUUGGAGGAAGAGUUGACCCUCACAUACGACCAUAAAGUUAAACUUGAUAAGUUCAGAGACCUUGUCGCUCAUCGAUUACCGCAUGACUACAUGAAAGAGGACUUGCAUCUCAUUCGAUGGCUUAGAGUGAAUGAUUUCAACAUUCCUGCUGCUGAGAAGAUGAUUAUGGAGAAUGUAAAGUGGCGAGAGGACAACAACAUUGAUAAUAUUUUAACUGAAGACUGGAGUGAAUUUGACAAAGAAUACAAGCUCAGUGUCGAAGGAUGCGAUAAACACGGAAGACCCGUAAUUUCGACGACAAUUGGAGAUUGGGACAUGAGAAAAGCAGUGGUCACCGGGCGAGCGGAACGAAUGAUGCGUUACACUGACAAACUAAUGGAAGAAGGAAACAUUUUAGUUCGACAUUUGCAAAAAUUGGGACAAAACGUGACGCAAUUUGUUGAAAUUUUUGACAUGUCGAAUUUCAAUUUAAUUAAUCAUGGAUGUGCUCAAUGUAUUGCAAUCUAUUCUUAUAAUUUCCAAUCUUACGAGAAGCACUACCCUCUCAGCGUGCACAGAGCAAUCUCUGUUAACACCCCUGGAAUAUUUCACACCGUGAUGAGCGUGUUCCGACCCUUGCUGUCCAAACAGACGAGGGACAUUGUUUCCAUUUACGGGAGGGAUAAGCAAGAAUGGCAAGUGGCUUUACAGAAGGAAAUCACGCGUGAAAAUCUGUCUAAACAAUUUGGUGGAUUAAGAGAGGAAGUGGCCGAUGUGAACGACUUGAGAAAAAAUCCCAGUUUGUAUAAAUGUCACCAGUUUGAUGGUACCAUUACGGGUUUAGUCGAUUCAAAUAAUAAUUUGAAAAGAGAAGUAGUUAAAAGUGGAUAAUUUUGUAUUUAAAUUUUUUAAGAGGUAAUAAAUUGACUUUAUGAUCUAGUUUACAUACAA